UGUUCUUGCCAAGCCAAGGCGAUGCCAGGACAGAAUACAAAAAUGCCAAGACACUCAGUGCGUAAUGACAGUCACUGCUCCUCGAGGAGAAGUAAGCAACGGUUCUCUAGCUCUGGCUGAAGUGAAGGUUCAGUUGCUUUUCUGAAGUACUAACACCAUCUAGCUUUUCUCCAUAGCCUGUAACUAAAAGAUGUCCGCUCCCUCCCGCGGUUUUUGAUCUUGCUGUGAAGUCGUCGCUAUUGUCUGAGCAACUCCGCAAACCUUUUGUUUUGGCGAAACCAUGAGUGGCUCUUGCUCGUCCCCCGAUUCUGGCGAUCCAGAUUGCGCAGGACAAAAUGAUGGUAGCGGUGGCCUAAACAGUUCGCUUACAGCUCUGCAGUGGUUACACGGAGGGCCAAUCUCUAAUCUCCCCACGAACAUGGUGAUGAUGGAAGUGCAACCUGGUGUUGUUGCGCCUGUCGAGCCCUGUGUUUCUCCGCUGAGCGGCGGAGGAGCGAAUCGCAGCGUUCGACGGAACACCUCGUCCCAGUUUGACCCGCUAGCCAAGCUGCCGACGACAGAUGACGAAGAGCAAGCGUCUCGAGGUGACGGCAGGUCGAAACCGCCUUACAGCUACGCUCAGCUGAUCGCCUUCUCCAUCAACGGUUCCCAACACCAGCGCCUUACGCUUAGUGAGAUCUAUGCGUGGAUUUCGGAGAAGUUCCCGUUCUAUAAAGAGGGCCAGUCACAUGCGUGGAAAAACUCAAUUCGCCACAAUCUGUCCUUGUUCAAGUGCUUUGUGAAGCAACCACGACCAGCAGAUGACCCUGGAAAGGGUUCCUACUGGACUGUUCAGCCGGACGAACUCUUCGACGGUCGAUCCGGAUACUCGCGAAGUCGCCACGCCAGUCGCCGUAUUGAGCGUCAAAUCAGCCGGUCUCCGUCUCCGUACCCGCCGAGUCACGCUGGGAAUUCUGGCUGGGUCGAAACGCCCAACAUGGACAUCCCGGGGAUGUCGGGACAGUCUUUAUCAUCAGGACUGGGAUUGGCACCAAGCCCCAUUUCAAGGAGCCCCGUCGCAAGCCCAUACCUGGCCAGCGGUGAAGCCUCGCCACUGAGAGCGCCACGUCAAGAUGGUGUAGCGUUCAAUGACCCGGCUGACUUCACCAGUAUUCAGGGGAGAGCAUUCUUUCCGCCGCAGUCACCGGUCUUUGAAAACACAAAUCCUACAGAGCUGCAGCGAGAGCAGCAGUUUGCUGCUCCUUCGCAUCACCUCUCCAUUCCUACACCCAUGCAGCUGUCGAGGGACAGGUCUGGCAGCGACCCAGGUGGCUUGCACACAAACUCCAUGUCAGGCAACGCACAGGCAGACAAGCGCCACACUAUCGGCAACCCAGAGGCAUUCCGGCAGGUGCUCGGUGCUCACCGCCAGUCCUAUGCAAUGCAUGGCAUGUUCGGCAACGGCGACACUCGGGGAGCUGCAGCCGCCAUACCCAGUCUGAACCUAGACGAGCCCUAUCCCACGGCGCCGUGGAACGGCUCGCAGGAGAUGAGGACGGAAGGGUUCUCGAUGGACAGCUUGGGCACGUCGCCCCGCUCGAUACAGCGCAGCAGCUCUGCCUGCUCUUGGAACGCAGAUAUGGACAACCUACGUCUGAACACGCCGCUGACGACAAGCGGCGGUAGUCGGACUAGCCUCAACCAGCAGCAGCAGGCUAUGGUGAUCGGGUCUGGAGUGCCAGCGUCAGCGUCCAACAACGGGCAAUCCGAAGAAGUGGGGACGCUGUCCAUUCCUACUAUUCCUGGCUUGACUUCGGCCAGUGUGAAUAGCAUUCUGAACCGGGCCGUCGAAGAAGCAUACAAGAAAGGGGAUCUGGAAGGGCGCUCCAUCAAGUCGGCCGAUCAGCUAGCUCAGGAAAUGAUGAGCGACGAGGGUGACUCACAGUUGUUUGGUACCUGGCAAUCAGGCAGUGCAAUGCUAGUGGAUGCGUGCUCUACGGCAUACCAGCAGCUAGCCCACGCUAACGGUCUGCCGGACUUCAUGACGACGCCAGCGUAUCCGCCGCAGCACCUGUCUCCCACGGGCUUGCCUCUGCAGAACCGCAACGGCCUGACCGUAGCGCAACAGCACGCUCGUUCUCACUCCACGUCGCCGCAUACCGGCCCGAUCGAAGUGUUUGUACGGCCCCCGUCACCGGCCAUUGGUGACCAGGGGCCGGCGACUGGACUUGUAGUGGCACAGCGAAUCUAGUGGGCCACCAGUGACCACUCGUGCACUGUUGCCAAGAUAUAUUCGUAAUGUUAGAUUAUGUUUGCUUGACCCCGUUUGGUUUACGUUGAUUGUGCCUUCCUAGAGCCCAGUGUUCCCCGAUGGGAUUAUGGGCUGUACUGCAUGACUCCAAGUUGGCAACAAUCAGAAUAAUGACUCCUGUUGAGCAACGCUUUCCUCAAUUGAUUUCCCGCACCAUCAUAGCUUAUCCAAAGAGCCCACCGACAUGGCAUUGCCCGGACUCAUUCAGGCAGGCUGUGCUGUGCCUGCGUGAAGUGGGCCUCCAUGCGUUGAGUCCUGCUACUUUCUCACUAGAUGUUGGCACGUUCUCAGUGUUCCCGGCAUUCCAGCUUCGCUAGAUGCGAACAAUUUUGCGCGGUACGGAUGGGAACCUACAUGUUCCUCCAGUAUACAUGUAGGGGAGCCUUGACUUCACCGGCCUGCUAAGUGACUCCAGUCUUUACUGUUUAGUCUGCCUUGUACAUGUACUUGCAUGGCUGCAUGCUGUGCCCGGGUGGGCUGGUCAUUCAAUCUUUGUACUCAGCCGUACGCCCCGUUGACGGUCAUUUCUUUGAAAAAGUUUCAGCCUAUCCACAAUGUUGCUAUCCGUUUCGCUUUCUUUCCAGUUUGGCGCCUAUGCCAGCACGUGCGGCAUGCACCGCUCUGCCCUGGACUGGAGUCCCCAGUGGUCAAAUGUCCACUAUCACCUCCAACAGUUGAAUUUUUCUUGACUAAUUGCAUGAGCUUCUGUGUACAUCCAGCCUGGAUGAUGUAUGCAGCUCACGAUAGCGAAUCCCAUAAUUCUCCUAUCUCAGUUCUGUUGUUCUCCCGUGUUGAGUGCAUAUUAAUUUUGCGACCUGGA